AUGUCUGCCCACGUUGUCGUGAUCGACUCCGCAGCCAGGAGGCAUACCGUCAAGACCACUCCAACAAAACACCUGACCGAUGUCGUUCAAGAAGUCUGUGAUAAACUAAAACUCAAUUCUUCCCAAUACGGCCUGAAACACAAGAACAAGUUCGUUGAUCUGACGAAUCCAUUCCGACUUUCAGGUCUCACUUCCGGCGCCAAACUCGACCUCGUCCAACUCUCCAAGUCUGCCGGUGUUGUCUCGAUAGCCCUCCAGAUACCAGAAUCAGAAGCUGGUGGACAAGUGAAUGCUCGUCUCACAGAUAAAUUCCCAAGCUCAACCACGUUAUGGCUGGUCCUCAGGAAGUUCGAGGCUGGAGUUGCGGGAGGUGCUCCCGCGCGGAAUUUCACUGCCAGGGGUAUACCAGCUAUAGGUCGGGGCAAUUCUGGAGCAGGGAGACUGUACUAUGAGCAGCCUGUCCUACACUGUUUGAACCGAGAGCUCUCCUCCUUUACCGACCUACAAAAGACGCUUGCACAACUCGGUCUAAACAACGGCUCUGCUCUCAUCCGAUUGAGCUUUAAGGCCACCGAAAAUCCAUUGGAAGAGGCAAUGGCCCAGAUACAAGGCUAUUUCGAUACGGUCGAGCCUUCAGCUGCCUCUCAAGCAUCAAAUCUUCCACAUCCCACCACAAGCGAACCUGAAACAUCCGCUACUCAGCAGCCUGAAUGGACGGAGGAUACAGUUUUACCAGAUGCGCCUCCUCUGCAAGAAGCACCCGAGGUGGCAGUUCCAGAUUUACCUCCAACAACAGAAACGUCACCUCCACCACAGACCACCACGACAUCCUCUGGUCGUCCACUAUCGGUCUACCGUCCACCUAGUUCUUCAACACCGGCUGCUGCCAGAACGACGCACAAUGAUUCCGACUACACACCGACUGUUGAGCAUGCCCAAAUUCACCAGAAGCUACUUGCUGACAACUCUCGAAACAAGAGGCUGCCUACGGAAGCUGAGAUCGCCGCCCAAGCAGAGGAAGAGGCGGCGAAAUGGGCGCAAGUCGCCGAUGUGGAGAUCAAAGUCCGGUUUCCAGACCAGAGUGCUAUCAGUUCUAAAUUUAAACAAUCUGACUCGGGAGCUGACCUGUAUGGUUUUGUGAGAGACUGUCUUGAGGAUAAAUGGCGGCCAGAACCAUUUUUCCUCAAAAAUCCCGGUGUAAGAGGAAAGAAUGAGAUAAUUCCAGACGAUAAGACGCAAAAGUUGAUCAAGAACCUCCAGCUAAGAGGCCGAGUACUGGUUGUAUUUGGCUGGGAUGAUACAAAGGCUAGUAUUGAGGCGAGAGGGACCAAGGCGGUUCUGAAGCCCGAGCUGAGAGCUCAGGCUCAGGAGAUCAAAGUCCAGGAAAUUCCUGAUGCCCCGAGUGGUGCGAAUGAUCCUGGUAUCAAAGUCAAUCUGGCCAAGAAGGAACCCACAGAGGAUGGGGGAGACAAAAAGAGCAAGCUGUCCAAAUUCUUGAGGCUGUCGAAGAAAUGA